AUGACAACAGACUUCAAGCCUGGCGAGGCCAGCGGAGGAGUAGAGUCAGAGCUUCCUCCCCCAAAGCUCCCUGCGAUCCACCCGUCCUUCAUCCAGGUGGCUAGGCCUUAUAUGUUCGAGCAGACUAUUCAAGACUGCAUUCACGCCAUGGGAAUGAAUCCCAUGCGAGAAGAAUCACUUCGUUUACAGGGAGUUUCAUGGAUCGACAAUAUCCGGAAAGACCUUCAUCUACCUGUACGAACUUUCAUCACCGCCACUAUGUACUACCACCGAUUUCGAUUAGUACAUCCCGAUAUCGAAUAUAACUUUAUGUGGUCAUAUCUGACCCAAGUGCAGGAUGCGGCCUCGGCUGCAUUAUUUACAGCAUGCAAAACCGAGGAUACCUUGAAGAAAUCCAGAGACAUCGUCCGCGCAGUAUACAACCUCAAAUUUUCACCUUCAGAACAUCUGGCACCAGAUGAUCCUUUGUUCGAAACGAAUGCCCGAGGUAUCAUCGGGCUAGAGAGACUGAUGCUAGAGUCGUCGGGUUUCGACUUCCGCACUCGACACCCUCAUAAGACACUUUUCAAACUCGCCCGUCGACACAAACUACCAACGGAAGGCUUACAUCUCGCAUACCGCAUCUCACUAGAUCUUUAUCGAACCUAUGCGCCUCUGAAACAAGGGACACCGACCCUGGCAUUUGCAUGCCUUGAGCUCUCAGGUCGGUUGUUGGACCAGCGCAUCGAAGCUCUAGAAUCAGAAGAAGGCUACACAGAAUGGAAUACCAGUCGAGAAGAAGUCCUUGAAACUCUUUUCGAUCUGUUAGAACUUUAUACGCAUCACCGCUCAUCUACCACUGUUGGCCCACACUUUCCAGCAGACAGGUUUCUCACAGUCCGCAUCCCUCUCAACCAAGAAGCAGGCGCAAAUCAAAUAGCUCGCUAUGCGUUCUGGACAGAACGCCCCAGACACCCGAAGACGAAUAAUGGUAUCAGCUCUGGGCCUCCCGCGCGACUACCGCACCCAUUAACGCCUAUUGCUGCCAACGGGGAGCGGCACCGCCCAGAAAAGGGAAGGGAUGCCGCUGUGCGCUUCAUGCUUGAUCCUGCCCAGGCGGAGGGGGAGAAGAAGCAGGUGGAAGAGUAUUUCAAGGUUGAGACUGAAGAAUAUGAGGUGGAGGAGUAG